AUGGCCCGAGUCCGACGUCCCGGAUUCCGAAUUGAACUCGCCAUGUCGGCUGUCGGAAAUCUAGACGGCAAAGUCGCGCUCGUAACAGGCUCGGGCCGCGGUAUUGGAGCAGCAAUUGCCAUUCAACUGGGUCGCCUCGGCGCUAAAGUCGUUGUCAACUACGCCAAUUCGGUGGAGCACGCGGAAAAAAUCGUCGCAGAGAUCAAGAGUCUCAACUCAGAUGCUAUUGCCCUUAAGGCUGACAUACGUGACGUUUCGCAGACAGCAAAGCUCUUCGACGACGCUGUUGCGCACUUUGGUCAUCUUGAUAUCGCCGUCAGCAACUCGGGCGUUGUCAGUUUCGGCCAUCUCAAGGAUGUGACAGAGGAGGAGUUCGAUCGCGUCUUCAGCCUCAAUACACGUGGACAAUUCUUUGUUGCCCGCGAGGCGUAUCGUGUGCUGCAAGAGGGUGGGCGCAUCGUACUCACAUCAUCUAACACAUCCAAAGACUUCAGUGUACCUAAACACUCGCUCUACUCCGCCUCCAAGGGCGCCAUAGACACAUUUGUGCGCAUCUUGUCCAAAGAUUGCGGCGACAAGAAAAUAACGGUUAACGGAGUUGCACCUGGUGGUACUGUGACUGACAUGUUCCACGACGUAUCGCAUCAUUACAUCCCUAAUGGUGAGAAAUUCACAGCUGAAGAGCGUCAGCAAAUGGCUGCCCACGCGUCACCGUUGCGCCGGAAUGGCUUCCCUGAGGAUAUUGCUCGCGUUGUUGGAUUUAUUGUUAGUAAAGAAGGAGAAUGGGUCAAUGGCAAGGUUAUCACUUUGGAUGGUGGUGCUGCAUGA